AUGAAUAAGCUGCGUCAGAGUUUCCGCCGGAAGAAAGACGUGUACGUGCCGGAGUCCAGUCGGCCGCACCAGUGGCAGACCGAUGAGGAGGCCGUGCGCAGCGGCAAGUGCAGCUUUGCUGUCAAGUACCUGGGCCAUGUGGAGGUGGAGGAGUCCAGAGGGAUGCAUAUCUGUGAGGAUGCGGUGAAACGGCUGAAGACGGACAGAAAGUUCUUCAAGGGCUUCUUUACAAAAGCUGGGAAGAAACCAGUAAGGGCAGUGCUCUGGGUGUCAGCGGAUGGUUUACGGGUGGUAGAUGAUAAGACAAAGGACCUGAUUCUGGACCAGACAAUAGAGAAGGUGUCGUUCUGUGCACCAGACCGGAACUUUGAGCGGGCGUUCUCCUACAUCUGCCGAGACGGCACCACGAGGCGCUGGAUCUGCCACUGCUUCAUGGCCAUCAAGGACUCGGGAGAACGUCUGAGUCACGCUGUGGGCUGUGCGUUUGCUGCGUGCCUGGAACGCAAGCAGAAGCGAGAAAAAGAGUGUGGCGUCACUGCAACAUUCGACGCCAAUCGCACUACGUUCACGCGAGAAGGCUCUUUCCGUGUAACCACGGCAACUGAGGCAGCUGAACGGGAAGAGGUCAUGAGACAGCUACAGGAUGCGAAAAAAGCGGAGGUGGACAUCAAAGUUUCCACGACGACGGCGGCACCCUCAAUCAAUCAAGGUGUGGUGGGCCCCUCUUCCCCCUCCUCCGCCUCCUCCUCCCCACCGCUGCCCGGCGGGCCACUGGGCUCCCAGGACUCUAACCCCCACGCCAUCCCUCGCCGCCACGCCCCAGUGGAGGCGCUGGCUCGCCAGGGCUCCUUCCGCGGCUUCCCUGUCCUGAGCACCAAGACCUCGCCCUUCAAGCGGCAGCUCUCGCUGCGGAUGAACGAGCUGCCCUCCACCGUGCAGCGCAAGUCCGACUUCCCCAUGAAGAACACCGUUCCUGAGAUGGAGGGCGAGGGCGACAGCAUCAGCUCCUUGUGCACUCAGAUCACCUCCGCCUUCAGCGGCCCCGCCGAGGACCCCUUCAGCUCCGCCCCCAUGCCCAAACCCGCCUCGUCGCCCCAGUCUCCCACUGCCCCAGGAGGAGACUGGAGCAGCCCUGCUGCCGGUGUGGCCUCCCUGCCCAUCAGCACUCUGACGCCCCCUGCAGGCCCCGCCGCCUCGCACAGACGCACCCCCUCCGAGGCCGACCGCUGGCUGGAGGAGGUGACCCGGUCUGUGCGCGCCCCGCAGUCCUCCACGCCCCCCGCCCAGCCGUUCCCCGCAGCAGCGCCUGUGGCUACCCCCAUGGUGCCCGCCGCUGCCCCCCCCAUGGCCUUCAUGCCCCCCAUGCCCCCUCCAGCGGUGCCCAUCCUGCCGCCGCGCCAGCCUGCCUUCCACCCCCAGCCCUCGGCGCCUGCCUACCCGAUGGCUAAUGGUCUGCCCUACGGUCAACCCAGCGUGCCAGUGGUGGGCAUCACUCCCUCCCAGAUGGUGGCCAACGUCUUCGGCUCCCCUGCCCAGCCACAGCAGCUGCCUGCCCCAGGGCCUUUCUUGCCCCCCGUCCCCCAGCAGUUUGACCCCCACAGCGCCUUCGGCAAGCCCCCGAUGCCCCCAGUGCCCAUCAGUGCCCAGGCCAGCGUCAGCAUCAGCCUUCAGCCGCCCAACGGCAACGCCGCCUUCAACGGCACUGAUGGCUGGGCCGGCCCCGCCGCCGCCUCCUCCGUGGGCUCGCCGGCGCCCCCGCAGCCCCCACAAGCCGACGCCUUCGAGGCCCAGUGGGCGGCGCUAGAGAGCCGCACGCACCAACGCACCACGCCCUCCCCCACCAACCCCUUCUCCAGCGAGCUGCACAAGACCUUUGAGAUCCAGCUCUGAGAGGGGAUCAGGCGGGCGUGCCACACCAGGGGGUCCAGGGGGCCACGGGAGCAGGGAGGUGGCGAUGACGAGGAUGUUCAGACGGUAAUGGCGGCACGAGGCGGGCAGUGUGAGGACUAGAGAGAGAGCUCCUGUCCAUCCUCCAUGGUCUUUUGAUGCUCCCUCGUCUCGUCUGCCACCCUGUCCCUCAUUACCAUUGCCUCAUUUCUCUCCAUUAGCCCCACAGCUCUCUCUGUCCAUCUCUCUCUCUCUCUCUCUCUCUCUCUCUCUCUCUCUCUCAACACUGACUGUGGAGGACUUGAGCAGAUGCAGAAUGCUAAGUGGUGGGCAGUCUGCUCUGCAGCUGUGGACAGCAAGUCUGACCGAAGGACUCGGUCUGUCAUUGGAAGACAAGGACACCAUUCAGACAAGCGCCCUUUCAAACACAUUACUGAGCAAGGGAUGGGGGGUGUAAAGCAACGAGCGUGGCGUCCAGACGUCUCCACUUCCCUGUGCAUGUGUCGCCCCCUGGAGGCUGGGAGCUAGAACGACUCCAUCCCAUCUGAAGGACUGUAGCACUGAGAGGAACUGAGCUUCCAGAUUUUGAGGAGUUUUCAUAAAACUCGAUGAUCAGAAGAAUACAUGAGAAGAAUGCCAAAAUCUUUAUUUUUAUGCAUUUUAGUAUAUUUUAAAUAGCUUUGGAAUCUAACAGAAAGAGUUGUAAGUAAUCUUGCCAAUGGUGCAGGGCUAGCUACAAUGAAAAUGAUCCUGUGUGUGUAUACAGAUAAAGAACAUAUAUUAUAUAUAUUAUAAAUAUAUAUAUAUACUUGGAUAGAACUAUAUUAACACACACACUCUCAGCUCAUGUCAUUGUUGAUUUCUGUUGUGUAAAAGACUGAGUGAAGGGAUGGCUGUUUUUAGGUGACGUUUUAUUAUUUUUGGUCUUACUGUUGUCGCUGAGGUUCUGUGAUUUGGAUGCACCUCUUACUGUAAAUAGUGAAAUCAUUGCAACUACAAUCAAUGUGGACCCAGCUGUGGGAGGGGGUGGGGAGACCUUGGGUAACCUCAGCACUGGAGUCCUGCAUUAGCCGGCCACCCAGGUCACCCCAUCUACCAUCCCUCAUAUCUCUCUCUCUCUCUCUCUCUCUCUCUCUCUCUCUCUCUCUCUCUCUCUCUCUCUCUCUCUCUCUCUCUCUCUCUCUCUCUCUCUCUCUCUCUCCCCUCUCUCUUUUAACCCCACACUCUCCAUCUGUCUCUAUCUGUGUCUGUGUGUUUCUUCUGUCCUGUUUUCUCUCUUAUUUGUGAUUUUAUUUCCUUUUUUAAGGUAUAGUACUCGUCAGUACUUAAGUUUUACCUCCUAUAUUUCUCACGUGGUGAAUUAAAAACUUGUCUUUUCUUUUUAUAUGGUUUUUAACACUAUCGACAGUUUUCAUCUCUUUUGCUUACUUUUUAAUUAUCUUUUAUUUUUCAUUUUUAUUUGCACAAAAGCACUAAGAUGAUUGGUUAGUCAGCCACACACUGGCAAAGCAGCAACAGGUUUGGCAUCAAUUGGCCCUGAUGUUAGUCGGGAGGAAUGUCAUGCAAGUUGGCAUGGUUGUUGGCCAAAGGGUCAAGCUGUUUGCAGUGGAGAUGUAGAGACUGUUGUCUGUCCGUUUCGGCUCAUGUUCCUAUCUCUGAUUUUGUUUUUAUCAAACCUGUGAAUAAGAUAUGUUUUUUUUUUUCCAUGAUUUUUUUUAUUUCGUUAUUUUAUUCCACUUCUCUACAGAACAGUUGAAUCUAAAAAGAUUGAAUAAAAUGAUGGUGAUAGAAGA